AUGAGCUACUGGAACUUGGAGAAAAGAAACUGUGUGCAGUACCGCAGGCAUUUUCUGGUGGACAACAGUGUGUUUCAUGUUGAAAGAUGCAUGAGCGUGAUGCAGUCCGGGACACAGAUGAUCAAACUGAAACGUGGGACCAAAGGGCUAGUCCGGCUCUUUUACCUGGAUGAGCAUCGGACCCGCCUCCGAUGGAGACCCUCUAGGAAGAGUGAGAAGGCAAAAAUACUUAUUGACUCCAUUUACAAAGUCACCGAAGGUCGGCAGUCUGAAAUAUUCCACAGACAAGCUGAAGGGCACUUUGAUCCCAGCUGCUGCUUCACCAUCUACCAUGGUAACCACAUGGAGUCUCUGGAUCUCAUCACGUCCAACCCUGAGGAGGCGCGCACCUGGAUCACAGGCCUCAAGUACCUGAUGGCCGGCAUCAGUGAUGAAGAUUCCCUUGCCAAGCGACAGAGGACCCAUGACCAGUGGGUGAAACAGACCUUUGAGGAAGCUGAUAAGAAUGGUGACGGCUUACUGAAUAUUGAAGAGAUACAUCAACUGAUGCACAAACUAAAUGUCAAUCUUCCCCGAAGAAAAGUCAGACAAAUGUUUCAGGAAGCUGAUACAGAUGAGAAUCAGGGAACUCUGACAUUUGAAGAAUUCUGUGUUUUUUACAAAAUGAUGUCACUGAGACGGGACCUUUAUUUGUUGCUCUUGAGCUACAGUGACAAGAAAGAUCACCUAACUGUGGAAGAACUGGCUCAGUUUUUGAAGGUGGAGCAAAAGAUGAAUAAUGUGACAACAGAGUAUUGUCUUGACGUCGUAAGAAAAUUUGAAGUUUCAGAAGAAAAUAAGGCAAAAAAUGUUCUUGGCAUAGAAGGGUUCACGAACUUCAUGCGUAGUCCUGCUUGUGACAUAUUUAACCCACUGCACCAUGAAGUGUACCAGGACAUGGAUCAGCCCCUUUGCAACUACUACAUCGCUUCCUCUCACAACACAUACCUGACCGGGGACCAGCUCCUUUCUCAGUCCAAAGUGGAUAUGUACGCCCGGGUGCUACAGGAGGGCUGCCGCUGUGUGGAAGUUGACUGUUGGGAUGGCCCAGAUGGAGAGCCAGUGGUCCACCACGGUUAUACUCUGACUUCAAAGAUUCUCUUCAGAGAUGUUGUGGAGACCAUUGACAAGCAUGCCUUUGUGAAGAAUGAGUUCCCGGUCAUCCUGUCCAUUGAGAAUCACUGCAGUGUCCAGCAGCAGAGGAAGAUUGCUCAGUACCUGAAAGGAAUAUUUGGAGACAAACUGGACCUGUCAUCUGUAGACACAGGAGAGACCAAACAGCUUCCAAGCCCUCAAAGUUUGAAAGGCAAAAUCCUAGUGAAGGGCAAGAAGUUGCCUUAUCAUCUUGGGGAUGAUGCAGAGGAGGGGGAAGUUUCCGACGAAGACAGCGCAGAUGAAAUUGAAGAUGAGUGCAAGUUCAGGCUCCAUUAUAAUAAUGGGACCACUGAGCAUCAGGUGGAAUCUUUCAUACGGAAAAAACUGGAGUCACUGUUAAAAGAAUCUCAAAUUCGAGACAAAGAAGAUCCUGAUAGUUUCACGGUGAGGGCUCUACUCAAGGCCACGCACGAAGGCUUAAAUGCACACCUGAAACAGCAUCCAGACGUGAAAGAAAAUGGAAAGAAAUCACAUGGACGAUCCCUCAUGACCAACUUUGGAAAACAUAAGAAAACCACAAAAUCACGGUCUAAGUCGUAUAGUACUGAUGACGAGGAGGACACACAGCAGAAUCCUGGCAAGGAGACUGGCCAGCUGUACAGGUUGGGUCGCCGCAGGAAAACCAUGAAGCUCUGCCGAGAGCUCUCUGACUUGGUGGUGUAUACAAACUCAGUGGCGGCCCAGGACAUUGUGGAUGAUGGAACCACAGGAAACGUGUUAUCAUUUAGUGAAACAAGAGCACAUCAGGUGGUUCAGCAGAAAUCGGAGCAGUUCAUGAUUUAUAACCAAAAGCAGCUCACGAGGAUUUACCCCUCCGCCUACCGCAUUGAUUCCAGUAACUUCAACCCUCUGCCCUACUGGAAUGCGGGUUGCCAGCUAGUGGCACUGAACUACCAGUCUGAGGGGCGAAUGAUGCAAUUAAAUCGAGCCAAGUUCAAGACAAAUGGCAAUUGUGGGUACGUCCUCAAACCCCAGCAAAUGUGCAAAGGUACUUUCAACCCUUUCUCUGGUGAUCCACUUCCUGCCAACCCCAAAAAGCAGCUCAUUUUGAAAGUGAUCAGUGGACAGCAACUCCCCAAACCUCCAGACUCCAUGUUUGGAGACCGAGGCGAGAUCAUUGAUCCUUUUGUUGAAGUUGAAAUUAUUGGAUUGCCAGUAGAUUGUUGUAAAGAUCAAACCCGUGUUGUAGAUGACAAUGGAUUUAACCCUGUGUGGGAAGAAACCCUGACAUUUACAGUACACAUGCCAGACAUAGCUUUGGUUCGGUUCCUGGUGUGGGAUCAUGAUCCAAUUGGACGAGACUUUGUUGGACAAAGAACCGUGACCUUCAGCAGCUUAGUGCCCGGCUACCGGCAUGUCUAUUUGGAAGGACUGACAGAAGCAUCUAUAUUUGUCCACAUAACAAUCAAUGAAAUCUAUGGAAAGAACAGACAGCUCCAAGGUCUGAAGGGAUUGUUCAAUAAGAAUCCCAGGCACGGUUCAUCAGAAAACAAUUCCCAUUAUGUUCGGAAACGAUCGAUUGGAGAUCGGAUUCUGAGACGCACAGCCAGUGCUCCGGCCAAAGGCAGAAAAAAGAGCAAAAUGGGCUUCCAGGAAAUGGUAGAGAUAAAGGAUUCUGUGUCUGAGGCUUCAAGAGAUCAAGAUGGUGUCCUGAGGAGGACCACGCGGAGUUUGCAAGAGCGCCCUGUCUCUUUGCCUGUUGACAAAAGUCUUCUGGGGGCCUUGUCACUGCCUAUGUCUGCAACAGCAAAAGACGCUGAAGGAAAAGAACACUCCCUGGCAGAAGAUAAGGAUGGAAGAAGAAAAGGGAAGGCAAGUAUAAAAGACCAGCAUUUUCCAAAUUUCAACAAAAAGUUAUCCUCUUCCUCUAGCGCCCUCCUCCACAAAGAGAUUGGCCAAGGGAACUCCACCAUUUCUGUUGCCAACACACCAAUCCCAGGAGAACAGUUGGGAGAGCCAGGUCUUAAAGGUGGGAGAACCAAAUCAAAUGUAUCAAGUGAUGGCCAGGAACAGGAGUGCCCCAGCAAAUCCCUCUCCCCAAGGCAGCAUUUGGCUCCUGAUCCUACAGUUACCCUAACACAGGGUCCAUGCGGUGUGAAAACCAAGGCAAAUGGGAAUGCUGGGGGCUUUGUGGAAGAAAAAAGCACGCUGUCAGGAAGCAUUUUUUCUCAGAGCAAUCUGGAGAUUAAGAACUUGGAAGGGAAUUGGGUCAAGGGCCGAGCUGCAACAUCCUUUUCUUUGUCAGAUGUCUCUACGCUCUGUUCUGACAUACCUGCCUCACAUUCUACUGCCAUUCUGCAGGAGAGUGACAUUUCCCAUCUUAUUGACAAUGUCACGUUAACCAAUGAGAAUGAGCCGGGCAGUUCCAUCUCAGCACUGAUUGGCCAGUUUGAGGAGCCCCGUGAUCAGGCCAACCUCACAGUUGUUUCUCAGCUCCAUAGCACCAGUGUCACGUCAAGUCAUCCCCCCUUGCCCACCUUGGACCGAAAGAUUCCCUUCAAGCAUGACUUUUCCACAGGAAAACCCAAGUCAUCCUUCCUGUGCUCAUCUCCUGCCCUGAUUGCAUUCUCAAGUCCUGAGACCUCCAAACACUCAACACAUGCAGUCUGUGAAACUACCUGCACUCCUGUCCCUAGAGCCAAACCAGAUGACAGCCUUCCUGGUAAGGCCAAGACAGGGGUUGUGGAAAACCACCUGCCUGGGUCCUCUAAUACUUCUCACUGCUGGUUACCAAAAAGUCCCACCAAUGGCAAAGAAUGGGAAAUGCUGAAGAACCACAGCCCUGUCACUUCCACCGACUUGGCAUUGGAGGAUGUAAUGGCUGAAACCACUGUCUGUUUAAAUUCUGCGGAGAGCAGUCUCGUGGAAAUGGAUGGAGACUCAGAAAAUCUGUCCCUAACAACCUAUGAAUAUAGAAGAGAGGAUGCAAGUCACCCUGCUUCUCCUUUAAAACCACAGUAUGGUCAGGAUGUGGCGGAACAUUUUCAAAGAGGUUUGAGAAAUGGCUACUGUAAAGAGACUCUCCACCCUUCUGUCUCUGAAAUAUUCAACAAUAUUCAAGAUGUCAAAAAUCAAAGUAUUUCUUGUCUAGCCUACCAGGGCGCUGGUUUUAUGCACAACAACUGCUCAAAUUCAGACGCAAAAAUGAACCAGACCGGUGUGCCCCUGUCUAGUGAUGAAGGCAUGCAUGCCCCUGCACCCAAGCAGCCCACGCAUCCUCCUCUGCCUGCUCUGAAGCUGCCCAGUCCUUGCAAAUCCAAAAGUCUGGGGGACUUAACAUCAGAGGACAUCGCCUGCAACUUUGAAAGCAAGUACCAGUGUAUUAGUAAGAGUUUUGUUACAACUGGCAUUAGGGACAAGAAGGGCGUGACUGCGAAGACAAAGUCCUUAGAGCCCAUAGACGCCCUGACCGAGCAGCUGCGGAAGCUUGUGUCUUUUGACCAGGAAGAGGGCUGUCAGGUGCUCUGUUCAAAGCAGGAUGCCAGUCAAUUCCCCAGGGCACUGGUCAGAAAGUUGUCAUCCAGAAGCCAGAGCCGAGUGCGCAACAUUGCCAGCCGUGCCAAGGAAAAGCAGGAAGCCAACAAGCAGAAGGGCGUCAACCCCAGCCACGUGGGCGGAGUGGUUCUGCGAAACAAACCGUCGGCGCCCCUGCCUGCGGGCACCCGGCACUCCACGGGCUCGUACAUCGCCGGCUACCUGCGGAGCAGCAAGGGGGGCGGCGUGGAAGGCCGCGGCAUCCCGGAGGGGGCGUGCGCUGCCUUGCGCCCCGGCUACGGCGACCCGUUUUGUUCCGAUAAUUCCAUUUUGCAGACCGAGCCCAACAGUGAGGAUAAACCAGAAAUUUAUUUUCUUUUGAGACUGUGA